AGCUAACUGUUGGCCUGAAACUCGGUUCUAAUGUUUUAUCCGGAUGAGUGGAUGCAACCCUAGUGAUGGAUACUGACCAUUCUACUAGUGUAGAAGCACAAAACUAAUAGUGAAAGCAGUCUAUGUUAUGAAUCUCGAACCAAUGUAAUGUCAAGCUCAAAAGGCAUCCGGUGACAAUGAGUUCUCACUCUCUCACAGAGGGCUUGGAAGCAACACUCCAGGAACGAUUGGGCAGACGGGAGUCUCAAGGCCGACUCCGGCAAUUGCAUGCUCCUAGAACAGACCUUGUGGAUUUCUCAUCGAACGAUUAUCUAUCAUUCUCACAGGACAAAGAUUUGCGCAAAGCCGUCAUAGAGCAUCUAACGAAUUUCGAGGAGCAACAACCACCAUCACCUUCAAAUAGACGAGCACUAGGAUCCGGAGGAUCCCGCUUACUAGAUGGCAACUCUGAGUUUGUCGAGUAUCUCGAAAAGAAGAUCUCUAGUUUCCAUGGUUCCCAGUCUGCACUUUUAUUCAACUCGGCUUAUGAUGCUAAUGUUGGCUUAAUAAGUUGCGUGCCGGGAGAAGGGGAUGUUAUUAUCUAUGACGACCUCAUCCAUGCAAGCAUACAUGACGGGAUGAAGCUAUCUCGUGCUACUAGAAAAAUUCCUUUCGCACAUAGUUCUAUUCUCCGGAAUGCGAGCAGACAUAGCGUUGAGAAACCUGAAAUGAAGAAUCCGGCGAUGAGAGUUAUCGAAAGUCUAGGGCUCGUCCUCAAGCAAUUGACAGAGAUGGAUCAACAUAUUAAGGGUGGAAGUUCGAACGUGUUCAUCUGUGUCGAAGCUCUUUAUAGCAUGGAUGGAGAUAUAGCGGAUCUGGAAUAUGUUUCUGCUAUAGUAAAGUCAAUGCUUCCAAAAGGAAAUGGCUACAUUAUUGUAGACGAAGCACACUCUGUUGGUGUUUUAGGAGACGGCGGUCGUGGGCUCGUGUGCCAGCUUGGCCUACAGGACCAGAUAUGGGCGCGCGUGAUAGGCUUUGGUAAAGCCGUGGGGUGCGCUGGAGGCGCCAUUCUCUGCUCUUCCGUCGCGCGCCUCUAUCUCAUCAACUAUGCCCGGACAUUCAUCUAUACUACCGCCAUGUCGUUUCCAUCACUGGCUAGUAUAAAUGUGGCCUAUGACUUUCUGAUUACUGGAAAGGCUGACAAGCGUCGAAACCAACUGAAGUUGCUCGUGGAUUAUUGCCAUAAAAGGUUGAAGAACCUUGACCAAAGCCUACAGCCCACCGUCGCUACUCUUCGCGUGCUUGGAGGUCCACCAUGCUCUCCAAUCAUUCCAUUAUUUACUAGUUAUCCGAAAAGUCUCUCUCAAUAUUGCAAAAGGUCUGGAUUCAUGGUUCGUCCGAUAGUAGCACCAACUGUCCCCCUGGGCCAAGAAAGGAUACGAAUUUGCAUCCAUGCUACCAACACAAUCGAGCAGAUUGAUAACCUAUGUAGGGCAAUUGAAAAGUGGCUUUCUCGAUUCAUCACCAGAAAUCAUAUCGAGGAAAUGGAAAGGGGCCAAACAAAUGUUAGCAUGAGUGCCGAGUUUCGAGAUUCUCUGUUAGAAAACGGAAAAGCUAAAAUUUGACAACAAUACUAGCCAUGGGCCUGGAGUUCUUCGCGCCUAUGUAUCUUGUGACUAAUUUCCUCAAUAGAAGCAUGGCCAUGUUGCACUGACAUGGGCUCUGGUGUGAUAUUGCUUGCAUUAGUAACGAGGGGAGCCAGACCCCAUCGAUCGAACAUGGCCUUAUCUUCAUCCCAGCUGUUGCAGUCUGUAGUCAACAUCUUCUCGCCAGUGAAUAUGGCGUUAGCGCCAGCCAUAAAGCACAACAUCUGCUCGCUUUCAGGCAUAGUCACUCUGCCGGCGGCCAGUCGGAUAAUCGUCGCAGGCAUUACCAAUCUGGCGGUCGCUAUACAGCGGACAAUGACCUCUAGCUUGACAGGGUCCUGACCAAACAUUGGGGUUCCUUUGAUGGGCACUAGUUUGUUGACGGGGAAUGACUCAGGAUGCUCAGGCAGGGUGGCCAAGUGUUCCCGUGAUGUGUCAAGGUUGUGGUUGUAAGCAGUUAAGCCA